AUGGGCUACCUUAGCGGAGUAAUAGCGGGAACUGCUUCGUACAGCAAAACUUUGAUUCUCGAUUCGUCCGGCAAUAUCAGCGGAAUUAAUAGCUUUGGAGCUUCUACUAUUACUGGAACGCUACAAACCGGAUCCCAACCCAAUAUAACGUCUCUCGGCUCUUUAUCAGGUCUUACGAUCGGUGGAAAUUUAUCGUUCAGUGGAUCAUCGCGCUCGAUAUCGAUAACAGGCACUUCAAGCUACAUCGAUUGUCGAGAAUAUCGCCAGAACGGGACUAUAUACGAUUUGGGCCUUCUUGAAUACAUAAACGGAGUUAGUUUUGGUACCGCAACGUCAAAUAAAUUCCUAUUAUGCGACUCAAGCUCGAAUAUCGGAGGCCUAAGUUCGGUAACGGCUACUACUCUGACCUGCACGAACUUGCGCCAGGGCUCGACGUAUUAUGACCUAUCAAGCUUUUUAACAUCUAUUCCGACUUCCCUCUCGCUCAAUAAUCUGUCAACGAGUGGGGAUAUCAGCUGCUCCGGCGUUAUCAAUGGGUUUUUAGCGUAUGGAAACCAAUCAGCUAUAACAACAGUAGGAUCGCUGACAGAGCUUGGGAUCAACUCUACAGCAACGAAUGAAUAUUUCUCGAUCACUGGUAGUGGAUUGGACUUUCUUGAUGGUUCUUACACACGAAUGAUGACUCUAACCGGGUCGAAUACGACUCCUGUUCAAUUCCAGAUCCAAGUCCAUAAUGGCAAUCGAUCAACCACAGCGAACGCGUCAUGGAUCGGGAACAUCACAAACAACGACCUCAGAUUUAGGGUCAAUAACUCGACGUCGAUGAUUCUAACUACCCCAGGUCGUCUUGGUCUUGGUACUACAAGUCCUUCAGCUCCGCUGCACGUCCCUGGCAGCAACAGCUUUGUAUUUGGAGCAGGCGGAACGACAGUGUAUCGCCUCAGAACUGAUAGUGGAGCUACAGAAUCCGCUCUUAGCCCGAUCACAUAUUCAGUAGCGGGUAUAUUCGGAGGAUACAUUGCCUGUACAGCCAUGGCGAUGACGAGCGACCGCAGAUUGAAGAGGAACAUUCAAUCGUGUCCGCUCGAACGCAUCAAACGACUCUACGAUAAUUGUGAUGUAGUUUUGUAUGAGUGGAUCGAAUCGGAUAAUAGACCUGGUCAAGAUGUGGGCCUCAUAGCUCAAGACCUUGUCUCAGCCCACCUAGCCGAUUUAAUCAGUGUUUUCUAUCGCGAUGAUAUUCAGGAAGGCGAAGACCCAUCGUUUGAACCUGCCAAAACACAACUUAACGUUGGUUACAGUCGAAUUGCAGCAUACAAUAUGAAAAUGAUUCAACAUCUCUUGGAUCGAGUUGAGGAAUUGGAAGCAAAGGUAUCAUCUCUAAUAUAG